AAAACUAUAAAAUAAAGACAUGAGUUUUUAUUCUACGGUAAAAGUUGGGAUAGGUGAUGAGAUCCUCGCAUCUGCUCCGAAAUGUCCACAUGGCCCAACAAUAUUAUUUGAGCGAUUCGCUAAAAGAGGGGGCCACAAAAAAUUUUUUGCCUGCUCAGCCAACAGAAAUAGGAAGCUAUGUAAUUUUUAUCAAUUGGUUGAACGAGAUGGGGUUGCUGCUAAAUGUAGGGCUGCCACUGCUAGUGCUAAUGUUGUUGAGGACAUUGAUAGAGUUCAGGAUGCUAAAAAAUAUAGAAAUCGCUGGUCAAAAUUUGUGAAACAGGCAGCUAACAUGCGAACAUUCUGUAGGACUUGUGCAACACCAAUUUUAGAAAAUUUAAAUGUAGGUCAUGAUGAUGGCAAUGAUGAUGAUGAGCACAUGAAUCAUAACAUCAUGAUCGGUGUGACUAAUAGCCAAUUGAAGCGUCCGACCAACCUGAUUGAUCCACUUGUUGAUAAUCAUUCAAAUGCGCAGUACAUGUUCAGUAAAGAAACCAAAGACUUCUUAAUCCAUUCCAUCAUUGAUCAAAAAUUCAAUCAUGUUUUAUGCAUUGGAGCACCUAGCAUUCAUGAAGAAUUAUUGGUGAUGGGGAAACAAAUGAGUGGUGAAAAAGAUGAUGGUUGUGUUAUCAACUCUUAUUUGCUAGAUUUGGAUGAAAGAAUCAUCAAAAUGUCACCAUCUUCAUCGCAUUACAACAUGUUCAAUCAUUAUUUUUUUACUCCUUCAAGCAAAUCCGAAUAUCUUAAAUUCUUAAAAUCUGCUCGUGACCUAGAUGAAAGUGGGUCAAAUGUCAUCAUCCUUAUCGACCCACCUUUUGGAGGUUUCAUUGAAUUGAUUUUGUUUACAUUAGCAACGGUUGCUAAGGAAUUUUAUGGGAAAGAUUCAAAAAGAGAGCUCUGCACAAUCUUGUUCCAUCCUUAUUUCAUGGAGGAGAAAAUAUGCUCCAAAACAUCAUUCAACAUGUCUGACUACACGGUAACUUAUGAGAACCAUAAAAAACUGAGGAAACGCGAAUUGAAAUCAAACGAUGAUGAUGUUGACGACAAAUCAGUAGUUCGAAUGUUCACUAAUAUCCCUCUAUCUAGCAUAAUAUUGCCAGCACAUUUGGGAUACCAAUAUUGUGAGAGUUGUAAGAAAUAUGUGAGCCAGCACAAUAAGCAUUGCUCAUCAUGUCAGGCUUGUACUACUAAGGUCGGCAAAACGUACCAGCACUGUGAGAAAUGUCGGAGGUGCGUGAAGUCUUCAUGGCGGCAUUGUGACGAGUGUGGUGCCUGUGAAUUACCUGAUAAGCAUCUCAAAAAAAAAUUCAAAACUUAAUUUUGCCUGUUCUAUCCUCGCUUGUAUUUGACCGUAUAUAUUAAUUUUGUGUUUGGCUUUCCGUAAAUAAAUAAAUGAAAGUGA